UAGCACACCAUCCAUCCGUUCUUGGCCGUAGCGAUGGGGAGCGUAGCACCUGAGGCUCUGUUGCCACUGGACCCCGAGACAUUUGCUGCGGAGUCGCGCGAGGUGGUGGACUUCCUCGACGGCUACUACCGCAACGUCGAGAGGUACCCUGUCCGGUCCGACGUGGAGCCAGGGCGCCUCCGUGCGCUUCUUCCAAAGGCAGCGCCCAAGAACGGCGAGCCGAUGGACGCGAUACUGGAGGACGUGCAGCGGCACAUCGUUCCGGGGCUGACACACUGGCAGAGCCCCAACUUCUUCGCGUACUACCCCGGCAAUGCGAGCACGGCCGGGUUCGCCGGCGAGAUGCUCUCCGCCGGGCUCAACGUUGUCCCGUUCACGUGGGCUGCCUCGCCGGCCGCGACCGAGCUCGAGGGCAUCGUGGUGGACUGGAUGGCAAAGCUGGUGGGCCUCCCCGAACGCUUCCUCUUCUCUGGUGGCGGCGGCGGCGUGCUACACGGGAGCACCUGCGAGGCCGUGGUGUGCACGCUGGCGGCUGCGCGCGAUCGCGCGUUGAGCAGGCUCGAUGGCCAUGAGGGCAUCCUGAGGCUGGUGGUCUAUGCCUCGGACCAGAGCCACUCCACCUUUCAGAAGGGUGCGAGGAUCGUGGGGAUCCCGCCAUCCAACUUCCGUGUCAUUCCAACAUCGGUGGCAUCGGGCUACGGCCUCACCGGUGAUGGUGUCCGCGACGCGGUGGAAGCCGACAUUGCCAGCGGCCUUGUGCCGCUGUACCUGUGCGCCACCGUCGGCACGACUGGGCUCGGCGCGGUUGAUUCGGUGCGCGACCUCGGGGAGGUGGCGCGAUGUUACCGCAUGUGGCUACAUGUUGAUGCCGCAUACGGCGGUAGCGCGUUGAUCUGCCCCGAGUUCAAGGACUGCUUUGAUGGCAUUGAGUUCGCGGACUCUGUGAGCAUGAACCCGCACAAAUGGUUCCUCACCAACAUGGACUGUUGUUGUCUCUGGGUGGCGAGCCCAGCCGCGCUAACCUCCGCACUGUCUAGCAAUCCAGAAUAUCUCAAUAAUGUCACCGAGAAAAGUGCAACAGAGGUGGUCGACUACAAGGACUGGCAGAUGGCACUGUCACGCCCUUUCCGCGCCAUGAAGCUGUGGGUGGUCUUGCGCCGCUACGGCGCGGUGGGCAUGCGGGCAUACAUACGGAGGCACGUCGACAUGGCCAGGUGGUUUGAGCAGCAGCUGGAGGGCGACGAGAGGUUCGAGGUGGUGGUGCCGAGGAGAUUCUCCCUCGUCACCUUCCGCCUCCGCCCAAGGCACAAGGGUGACGAUGCCGCGGAGGCCUUGAGCCGCAAGGUACUCAUGGCCAUAAACUCUAGUGGCCGGGCCUUCAUGACGCACUUUAUCGUGGAUAACAAGUUCGUUAUCCGCAUGGCUGUGGGCGGGGCCAUGACGGAGAUGCGCCAUGUCCGGGACGCAUGGGAGCUUGUCCAGGAGAAGACCAGGGAAGUAGGUAUCCCUCUCGGUGUUACUAAGAAACAUGCCCUAUAGAACAUAAAUAAACUUUAAUUACACUCCGAUCCGUAUUGCUUGUCGUUCAAACAGAUGUAUCUAGCACUGAAAUAAGUUUAGUUAUAUAUAUAGAUAUAUUUAUUUGAGUGACAAGUAAUAUAGAUAGGAGGGAGAGAGUAAUAGGAACUGAUGCAAAUACCAAACCAAUAAAAUAUAAAUGUCCUAUAAAAAUACGUAGUAGGA